GAAAGGAAAAACAUUCUCAGUAGAAGAAGAUUCUGAAGAAAUGGAUUUUGUUGACGUUCUCUUGUCACUGCCUGGCGAUAAUGGAAAAGGCCACAUGGACGAUAUUGAAAUUAAAGCUCUCAUUCAGGAUAUGAUAGCUGCAGCCACAGAUACCUCAGCUGUGACCAACGAAUGGGCGAUGGCGGAGGUGAUCAAGCAUCCACGUGUCCUCUGUAAGAUCCAGGAAGAGCUUGAUUCCGUGGUGGGUCGCAAUCGGAUGGUGGACGAAUCUGAUCUGGUCCACCUUAACUACCUGCGUUGCGUCGUACGUGAAACCUUCCGCAUGCAUCCAGCUGGUCCGUUUCUAAUCCCGCACGAGUCAAUUCGCGCCACGACCAUCAACGGCUAUUAUAUCCCCGCCAAGACACGUGUCUUCAUCAACACUCACGGGCUGGGCCGAAAUGAGAAGAUAUGGACCGACGUGGAGCAGUUUCGACCCGAGAGGCAUUGGCUGGCUGACGGAAGCCGAGUGGAGAUAAGCCACGGAGCCGAUUUCAAGAUACUGCCUUUCAGUGCUGGAAAGAGGAAGUGCCCCGGCGCGCCACUUGGGGUUACGCUGGUGCUGAUGGCUCUGGCUCGGCUCUUCCAUAGCUUUGAAUGGGCUCCCCCGGAGGGCAUGAGGCCCAAAGAUAUAGACACGAGUGAGGUUUAUGGGAUGACCAUGCCUAAGGCGGAGCCCUUAAUGGCUAUUGCCAGGCCACGCUUGCAGGACAACUUGUACUGCUGAAUGAAUAUGCAGCAAAUUCUUGGUUUUCUUUCUCUCUUGGAUAAGCCUCCAUAAGCCUCCCAAAAGCCCCAUUUUGUUUUCCUAUGCCUUCCUCUUCCACCUCCAUCCUUUUCUUCCUUCUUUCUCCCAACCAAGGUUAAGGUGCUUUUAUUAAAUUAGUAGAUCGAGGUAGCAUCAUCUCGGUUUAGGAGCUUUUGGCACGGGACUCGCAUGCUCGUUGUAUGUACCAGCUAGGGCCUCGUGUUUUCGAUAGGGAGGCAGAUCGAUGUCUUACCAAAAUCAUGACUCAGCUUUUGUUUUUUUGAAAAGCCUUGAAAAAGAAUUUGCCUCGUAUAAUUUUUGUGUAAAUUACCUUUGUAUAUAAAAUCUUUAAAUUAAU